ACGACGAGGUCACGACGGCAGCGGUGGGGUCAGAGGGUAAAGGUCGCUCCCCCAGCAUCCUCCGUGCGGGGUGCUCAGCCAUCUUGAAUCCUCGGGACAAGAAAAUUCAUGCGGUGACAAACAGCAUGUUUGGUGCUUCAAGAAAGAAGUUUGUAGAGGGGGUCGACAGCGACUACCACGAUGAAAACAUGUACUACAGCCAGUCUUCGAUGUUCCCACAUCGAUCAGAAAAAGAUAUGCUGGCAUCACCAUCAACAUCAGGUCAGCUGUCUCAGUUUGGGGCAAGUUUAUACGGGCAACAAAGUGCACUAGGCCUUCCAAUGAGGGGGAUGAGCAACAAUACCCCUCAGUUAAAUCGCAGCUUAUCACAAGGCACUCAGUUACCAAGCCACGUAACGCCAACAACAGGGGUACCAACAAUGUCACUUCACACGCCUCCAUCUCCAAGCAGGGGUAUAUUGCCUAUGAAUCCUAGGAAUAUGAUGAACCACUCCCAGGUCGGUCAGGGCAUCGGAAUUCCCAGCAGGACAAACAGCAUGAGCAGUUCAGGAUUAGGCAGCCCUAACCGAAGCUCACCCAGCAUAAUCUGUAUGCCAAAGCAACAACCCUCUCGACAACCUUUUACUGUGAACAGUAUGUCUGGAUUUGGAAUGAACAGGAAUCAGGCAUUUGGAAUGAACAACUCUUUAUCAAGUAACAUUUUUAAUGGAACAGAUGGCAGUGAAAAUGUGACAGGACUGGACCUUUCAGAUUUUCCAGCACUAGCAGACAGAAACCGAAGGGAAGGAAGUGGGAACCCAACUCCAUUAAUAAACCCUCUAGCUGGAAGGGCACCCUAUGUUGGAAUGGUAACAAAACCAGCAAGUGAGCAAACCCAGGACUUCUCAAUACACAACGAAGAUUUUCCAGCAUUACCAGGCUCCAACUAUAAAGAUCCUACAUCGAGUAAUGAUGACAGUAAAUCUAAUUUGAAUACAUCAGGCAAAACAUCCUCUAGUGCAGAUGGACCUAAAUUUCCUGGAGAUAAAAGUUCAACAACGCAAAACAACAACCAGCAGAAAAAAGGGAUUCAGGUGUUACCUGAUGGUCGGGUGACCAACAUUCCUCAAGGGAUGGUGACAGACCAGUUUGGAAUGAUUGGUUUGUUAACAUUCAUCAGGGCAGCAGAGACAGACCCCGGCAUGGUACAUCUCGCAUUAGGAAGUGACUUGACAACUCUAGGUCUCAAUCUCAACUCUCCUGAAAAUCUUUACCCCAAAUUUGCAUCACCUUGGGCUUCUUCACCUUGUCGACCUCAAGAUAUAGACUUCCAUGUUCCAUCUGAAUACUUAACGAACAUUCACAUUAGGGAUAAGUUGGCUGCAAUAAAGCUUGGCCGCUAUGGGGAAGAUCUACUGUUUUAUCUCUAUUACAUGAAUGGAGGAGAUGUAUUACAGCUAUUAGCAGCAGUAGAGCUAUUUAACCGAGAUUGGAGAUACCACAAAGAAGAGAGAGUAUGGAUUACCAGAGCACCAGGCAUGGAGCCAACAAUGAAAACUAAUACGUAUGAGAGGGGAACAUACUACUUCUUUGACUGUCUUAACUGGAGAAAAGUAGCUAAGGGAAAUUCCCCCCAGACAUUUUGGAUAGUUUUAUGCUGCAGAAGCAGAGGAAAUCAGAGCAAAUCUGACCGUUUUUUGCUGCCUAAUCCUAACCAUAUUUACUUGGAAGAGUUCCAUCUGGAAUAUGACAAACUAGAAGAAAGGCCUCAUCUGCCAUCCACCUUCAAUUACAACCCUGCUCAGCAAGCCUUCUAAAGACUUCCCUUGUCUUGGGGUAUGGCUGUCUCAGCACAAUACUCAACAUAACGGCAAAACUGAUGUGGCUCAGGCAUCCUGGUUUUAAUUCCUUUUGAGGAUCUGGCAAUUGGCUCAUGCAAAAGGGUCACUAUUUGAAGUCCUGCCUUACUAAUUAUGUGCUGCCCAACAACUAAAUUUAUAAUUUGUUUUUCUUUAGUUUGAGCAGGGUCGGAUUUUUUUUUAAUUCUUUUUUUUUUUUUUUUGCCAGCAGACAAGCUUGGGUCUGUAAAGACAAGCAAGUACACUGACAAAAGUUUACCACUUAGUUUCCAAAAUGUAAAAACAAAAAAAGGAAAAAAAGAAACAAGAAAUAGACAAUAAAAUUUGCAUUGUUCAUUGUAGCACUCUUGGUAAUAAAAAAAAAAUGUUUGUGCAUUUUUAUGUGAAGAUCCUUCUCGUAUUUCAUUUGGAAAGAUGAGCAAGGUCUGCUUCCUUCAUUUUACUUCCCCUUCAGUUUUUGAAAAGGCAGUUUCGCCAACUUAAUGCAAGAAUAUCUGACUGUUUAGAAGAAAGAUAUUGCCACAAUCGUUGGUUCAUUUCCAACGUUGUGUGUUACUGAGCUUCAUCUUUCCAGAAUGAGCAAAACACUGUCCAGUCUUUGUUACGAUUUUGUAAUAAAUGUGUACAUUUUUUUUAAAUUUUUGGACAUCACAUGAAUAAAGGUAUGUAUGUACGAAUGUGUAUAUAUUAUAUAUAUGACAUCUAUUUUGGAAAAUGUUUGCCCUGCUGUACCUCAUUUUUAGGAGGUGUGCAUGGAUGCAAUAUAUGAAAACGGGACAUUCUGGAACUGCUGGUCAGGGGACGUCUUUGUCGCCCUGUGCACUAAAGGGCCAGAUUUCAGCAGCCAAGGACAUCCAUACCCAAGUGAAUGUGAUGGGACUUAACGAAGUGAACUGAGACAAUUCACUCUGGCUGUUUGAACAGCAGCGUUUCAUAGGAAGAGAAAAAAAAAAGAUCAAUCUUGUAUUUUCUGACCACAUAAAGGCUUCUUCUCUUUGUAAUAAAGUAGAAAAGCUCUC